AUGGCGCGGACCCCGGGGCCGGCUCCGCUGUGUCCCGGAGGCGGCAAAGCACAACUUUCCCUCGCUGCUCCCCCCGGGGCCGCGCUCCUGCUGCCGCCCCCGACGCCGCCGCCGCUGCUGCUGCUGCUCUUCCCGUUGCUGCUCUUCUCCCGGCUCUGCGGUGCUUUAGCUGGACCAAUUAUUGUGGAGCCACAUGUCACAGCAGUAUGGGGAAAGAAUGUUUCAUUGAAGUGUUUAAUUGAAGUAAAUGAAACUAUAACCCAAAUUUCAUGGGAAAAGGUACAUGGCAAAGGUUCACAGACUGUUGCAGUUCAUCAUCCUCAAUAUGGAUUCUCUGUUCAAGGAGAGUAUCAGGGAAGAGUCUUGUUUAAAAACUAUUCACUUAAUGAUGCAACAAUUACUCUACAUAACAUAGGAUUUUCUGAUUCUGGAAAAUACAUAUGCAAAGCUGUUACAUUCCCACUUGGAAAUGCUCAAUCCUCUACAACCGUAACUGUAUUAGUUGAACCCACUGUGAGCUUGAUAAAAGGGCCAGAUUCUUUAAUUGAUGGAGGAAACGAAACAGUAGCAGCCAUUUGUAUUGCAGCAACUGGGAAACCAGUUGCACAUAUUAACUGGGAAGGUGAUCUUGGUGAAGUGGAGUCCACUACAACUUCCUUUCCAAAUGAAACAGCCACAAUUGUCAGCCAGUACAAGCUGUUUCCAACCAGAUUUGCUAGAGGAAGGCGAAUUACUUGUGUUGUAAAACAUCCAGCCUUGGAAAAAGAUAUCCGAUAUUCUUUCAUAUUGGAUAUACAAUAUGCUCCCGAAGUUUCAGUAACUGGCUAUGAUGGAAAUUGGUUUGUAGGAAGAAGAGGUGUUAAUCUCAAGUGUAAUGCUGAUGCAAAUCCACCACCCUUCAAAUCUGUGUGGAGCAGGUUGGACGGACAGUGGCCUGAUGGCUUAUUGGCUUCAGACAAUACUCUUCAUUUUGUCCAUCCACUGACUUUCAAUUAUUCUGGUGUUUAUGUCUGUAAAGUCACCAAUUCCCUUGGUCAAAGAAGUGAUCAAAAGGUCAUCUACAUUUCAGAUGUUCCAUUUAAGCCCACCUCUUCCAUAGCCAUAGCUGGAGCUGUAAUUGGAGCUGUCCUUGCACUUCUCAUCAUUGCUGUCUUUGUGACUGUGCUGCUGACUCCUCGAAAAAAGAGACCAUCCUAUCUUGACAAAGUGAUUGACCUACCGCCCACACAUAAACCACCGCCUGAGUAUGAAAAACGAUCCCCCCCUUUGCCUCAAAAAGACCUUCUAUAUCAGACAGAACGCCUGCCUUUGCAGAGUCACUUCAAAGGAAGAGAGGUUGGCGGUCUCCAGCCCUCUAAUGGACUGAAUAGCAGGAGAUUUGACUAUGAAGAUGAGAAUCCAGUGGGGGAAGAUGGAAUUCAGCAGAUGUACCCUCUCUACAACCAGAUGUGCUACCAAGACCGGAGCCCUGGCAAGCAUCAUCAGAGCAACGAUCCCGAGAGAGUCUGCAUCAACCCCCGAGAGCAUUAUGUGUGA